GGCGCCGGAAGUCGGGGGCGGGUCCAAGGAGGCGCGGUCCCUGAGCUCAUGGCAGCCCUGUGUUUGGGAGUCCGGCAGGUCAUGCGGCCUCCGGGCGUUCGGCUUUGGCGUCUCUUGCCUUGGGUACCGGCGGAAGGAACUGCGAGGGUCUUGCGGAGGCAAGGCUGCCUACGGCCAAGGCAGGGGUGGCUGCCCUCGGGGCUCGCAGGCUGCUGCCUGGGAAGUCGGCCAUUCAGCACGGCGAUGCCAUCACCUCCGGGAUCAUCGGGGACAGAUCCGAAGGACCGCAAAGACCCGAAACGCACCUCGAAGCCAGGGCCUGUUUCCUGGAAGUCUUUAGCAUUCACAUUUGCUAUUGGAGGAGCUUUAUUGGCUGGGAUGAAAUACUUCAAGAAAGAAAAGACAGAGAAGCUAGAGAAGCAGCGGCAGCGAAGCAUUGGAAAGCCUUUACUUGGGGGCCCAUUUUCCCUUACAACACAUGUUGGAGAGCCCAAAACUGAUAAAGACUACCUGGGCCAAUGGGUGUUGAUUUACUUUGGUUUCACUCACUGUCCUGAUGUGUGUCCAGAAGAAUUAGAGAAAAUGAUUCAAGUUGUGGAUGAAAUAGACAGUAUUCCAACUCUGCCGAAUUUAACCCCACUUUUCAUCACUAUUGACCCAGAAAGGGACACAAAAGAAGCCAUCGCCAAUUAUGUGAAAGAAUUUUCUCCCAAACUGGUUGGCUUGACUGGCACAAAAGAAGAGAUUGAUCAAGUGGCCAGAGCGUACAGAGUGUAUUACAGCCCUGGCCCCAAGGAUGAAGAUGAGGACUAUAUAGUGGAUCAUACAAUAAUAAUGUACUUGAUUGGGCCAGAUGGUGAGUUUCUGGAUUACUUUGGCCAGAACAAGAGGAACGCAGAAAUAGCUGGUUCGAUUGCUGCGCACAUGAGGGAACACAGGAAGAAGAGCUAGCCAAGCGAUGUCGCGGCUGCAGUGUUCUCUUGCUAAAGAGAAGGAAGCUUUGUCUCCCAUAGGAGUCAUCAUAUAUAUACAUGCAAACUACUUCCAUACCACUGGAACAUCUGCACUUGGGACAGGACACACUGAUCACGGGUUCAGCCAGGAUAGUCUGGGAACUGUAAAGACCAACCAAGUUGCUGCCACGAGACCGGAGACCAAGCUGACGUGGAGCCCAGAGACAGCCCUGAGGGGGAGAGGCCAGGCUAUGCACAUCCCCACGGGAACGGGCCCCCUGAUCAGCACUGUUGCCUCGCUGGUGUCUUGGAUGCUUGCUCACACAGGCGUGGGUUGAAUUUCCAGGAAGAGAAAUUUCCACGUGUUCUUGCUUUGCAUCUUGACUUCUUGGUGGCUGAUAGCAGUCAAAUUAGGCUCUUUGCUAUUCAAGUCAGUCUUUAUAUACUUGAAAACAAGUGCAGUCUGCCGUGGUGAUGACUGUAACUCAGGUUUGAGUUGUGUUUCCCUGUCAGCAGGCACUGAUUUGCCCAGUAAAAAAAUAAUCUAUUGUUUGGGGGGAACAAUUGGAUCAGUUUUCUCUAGGGAUCUUUUGUGUGAUUUUUAACAAAACAGGUUUUCAGUGAUGUACCAAAUGGAAAUAGGGUACCAAUCAUGACUGAUGGAGAACUUUCUGCCUGUGCUGGAUCGCACUGUGUGAAAUAAAGGUGUAUUUAGUUCUGCA